AUGUCGGCUCUUUUUUCAUUAUUAAAAAGAUAUGACGAAUUGAUUCUGAAAAAUGCUUCACAAAUAAGUUCUAUCGAAAGUUCACUGAGGACUUUAACUUACGUGCUACCGGGACGUUUUGCUGAUGCCGAGUUUACUUCCGAAACGUUAUUCGCGUUAUUAAAUUUAAUUGGAUUAUAUCAUGAUUCAAUUUUGGUUCGAGCUGCUGAAAAUUUACCACCAUCAAAAAGACCAAUCCCAUCUCCUCAUAAUAGAUACACAAGAUAUUGGAUAAAUUCUUCCAAGACAUAUCAACGCGCCUCAUUUGCGUUAACAUUCUUACAAUAUACAGACGUUUUGAUGGAGAUGGGUGUACAAAAGAAAUGGGGUAAAGAAGUUAAAUGGAAAUUAAUCAUCGUGAUUGAAUUAAUAAAAGUGAUCUGUCGAAUUUUGCUUCUACAUAAAACUCAGGAACGUACCAUUGUCAAUCCAGCUGUACCGCGACGAGAAAUAGAUCCUUCUAUUUUCAAUUCUGAUGAAUCCAUCACCGAUGCGAAUGGCGUGAAUGAAUUAUCCGAAACUUGGACAGGAAAAUAUACUGGUCAAUUACAUGACAGUAUUUCAGUUGUUCAAAAAGGAGUAACACAAUAUCCUGAUGUCUCUGAUUAUUUAAUGAACAAAGUGUUGAUGAUUGAAGAUGUACGAAAACCUCCCGAUUUGGUUCACAAAUUACAAGGAUUUGGUUCAAUUGGGGAAUUGUUAUAUAUAAUUCGACCUCUCCUUUAUGUUUUGACAUUGAGAAGAUAUGGAAAUCGUUCAUGGCGUCCAUGGUUAUUAUCAAUAUCUAUAGAAUUGACGACAAGAAUUUUAGCAUCUUAUUAUUACAAGAAACGAAUACCAGGUGGAUAUAGAUGGCCUAGAAUCAAUAAUUUUUGUCAAACAGUUAGUAACAAACCAAUUUUGUCAUUAUUUGGAGGAAUUCUUAGAGAUUAUCAACCAUUGUGGGAGAAUAUAUAUUUUUACACAGCAUCAUCAUGA